CUCUAAUAAUCAUAUAUCACCAUAACAGUAAACCCUUCAAUAGCCUACAUCUGGAACAAAAUCGAGAAAAGGAACUGGAACAAAAUGUGUGUGAGGAACAGAGCACCAAAGGUGACUUCCAUGGACGGGAGCUUAGUCACCGCGCCGAAGAUGGUAAAUGAAUGGGAGAUCCGGCCAGAUGAGUCAAAUCUUCGAUCUUUUUUUUCAUUUUCGUUCUUGAACGUGUUUCUUGAUUAUUGUUCUUGAAAAACAGAUCUUGAAACCACUUUCUUUUUCUAAGAUUAGAAGAGCAAAUACCACUUGAUUACCAUGGUUCUUGUUUUUCACAACAGAUUUGGAAGCCAUCUCUUUUCAGUGACGAGAUCUGAUAUCAUUGAUUACAAUUAGAUGUCUUGAUAUCAUUCUUCAUGGCAUGUUCUACAGUAGAGAUUUUGUUGUACACGGAUUAGAUGGCAAUCUUCCCAAAUCAGAAUCGAAAACCCACAAAGCUAGGGUUUUGAUAAGAAAGGGGUGAACAUAUCUGUUUUCUGGAUUUGUUCUUGAACCCAGAUGUUUUCAGGAUUUGAUUUGGGGAUUCAAAUAUUUGUUCUUGAAACUCAUUUGGACCUGCAAACUGAAGAUGAACCAUCAAUUUCAAGAAAUCGUGUUUAUGUGUAUGUUCAAGAAAAGGAGAGAACCAAGAUUUCUAAACCCAAAAAAUAGAUGAAGUUCGGAAAAGGAAAGAGAAGGGUGGUGGUGUCCUGUUGUGUUGCGACAGGGGAUGUCCGGUCGGGAUUUGCAGUGGCAGUCGGAGAUGGUGGCUGCGGUUGGUGAUGGCAGAGUGGGUCGUCUGGGGUAGUGGCAGUCGGCGUUUCAAACUGCUUUUCGAGGUUUGUUUCUCUUCCUUCAGUGGUAAUGUGUGCGAUGGUGGGUGGAUGUCGGAACGGUAGUCGGCAGGUGGGUAGCAUCAGUGAUGGAGGAAGAUGUGGUGGUCAAAGGAGGUAGCAGUGGGGUGUUUUGGGCUUGCUCCGGUCAACAGAAAAAAAGAGAACAAACGGAGGCGGUGGCUGGUUGUCGGAACAGAAGAGAGCGGAGGGGGGAACGAUGGUGGAUGUUGGAACGAAGGCAGCAAUCUCCACCCUUUGUCUUUAUUUUUCCGACAGUCACGGUAUGAUGGAGGAUGGCGGUGGUUUUUGAUGGAGCAAGGUGGUCAUCGGUCGUUGUCAAAAAGAAAAAAGAAACAUGGUGGUCUCAAGCAAAGCAAGAGCAACAGCAACAACAAGUGCAGAGAGAUGGAGGGGAAGAAUCCAGAAGGUUUGUCGGGUGAAGUAACGAAUCAGCAUCCAUGUAAUCUUCCGAUCAUUUCAUCUUUGAUUGUCCGCGUAUUAUCGAGAAAAAAGGACAUGGAUUUUCCUGAAGUAAACAAGAAAUUACUUGGUGAACUUGAAGAAAUGGGUUUCCCAUUGGCUCGAGCAAUGAGAGCACUUCAUUAUUCCGGUAACUCUAGUUUACUGGAUGCUAUUAGUUGGAUUGUUGAUCAUGAGGAUGACCCUGAAAUUGAUCAAAUGCCCUCGGUUCCAUUAAGAAUUGAAAUUGAGAGUUCCGACUCUUCUUCUGUAUCAGAAGAAGUAAAGCUAAAAGCACAAAAACUAAGAGAUAAAGCACGCAGAAGGAACAAGGAGGAAAAUAUGAAAUUGGAACCAAGUAGAGAGAAGGAAAGAAUUCGGGCAGGAAAAGAACUUCAAGAGGCAAAGAGAAUUGCAGAAGAAAACGAAAGAAAACGUUCUAUAGCCUUGAGGAAAGCAGAGAAAGAGGAAGAAAAUAGAGCACGUGAACGAAUUCGUCAGAAACUACACCAGGACAAGGUGGAAAGAAGAGGGGGAAUUCAAAGUCAUGCAUCUCUUAAAACCACCAUACCUGUGGUGCAAGAAAAUAAGAUAUCGCCUGUUGUUACUUCUACUAGAAUCGGUGUUAAUUCAACAACAAAGGUAGAUCUCAUGAGAGACUGUUUAAGGUCGCUCAGGCGAAACAAUAAGGAAAAUGAUAUGAGAGUGAAGAGAGCUUUUGAGACUCUUUUAAUUUAUGUCAGAAAUGUUGCAAGAAAUCCCGAUGAGGAUAAAUUCAGGAAGAUCCGAUUGAGUAAUCCAGCUUUUAAGGAAAGAGUGGGGAUAUUUGAAGAAGGGGUUAAGUUUCUUGAGGUUUGUGGGUUCGAAAGAAUUGAAGGUGGCGAGUAUUUGCUUCUUCCGAGAGGUGAAGUUGACAUGGCGGUGUUGAAAUUUGCUGGAAAUGAAUUGCAGUCUGCUAUAACAAAUCCAUAUUUUGGACUUUUAUCAACCCAAAAAUAAUAAUGUAAACUCAAUCAUACUUCCUUCCAUAAUAAGACCCCAUAAAUUAUAAAAAUAGAUAUUUUGAUUAAAAUUCUCACAUUUAUGUAUCAAGUCACAUGUCAGGUAAC